UUAAGGCCCACGCUGUUUUGCUUGCCCAACCAUAACCAAUCCAGGCACCACCCAUUCCUUCGUUUCCUUUACCUUUCAAAUCUGCAGCAUUUCCUUUCUGUUUCUCUUCUCUGUAUUCAGGUUAAGAUAAAAAAAGAACCCCAUCAGUGCUUUGGGAUUUUCAGCUUGGACGGUAUUAACACAUUGGACCAAUUUUCUGCUUUGAGAUGGCUGGACUAUUUGCUUAUUAUGGCAGCCUUGCACCAAAGACUAAGAAUAUGGUAGUCGCGGGGGGUUUGACAGCAUUCGUAUUUGGUGUAUAUUUCUAUACUAUGAGAGCUGUUGGAGGUACAGAUGAGCUUCAGGUGGCUAUAGAUAAGUUGGAGGAGCUGAAAAAGCAAGAGGGGAAGUGAAACAUGGGAUCAAUGCCUUGAUCUCAUUAGUCUUUUUUGUGACAAUGUAGUCAAGAUCUAGGCAAAGGUCAUUUAAAUGACAGACAAAAUUAUGUGUUUAAAAUCUGUGUUUUGAACUAUUUGUCUUUGUUUGUUAUACAUUAUAUUGUAGUUGAUAAUAAUAAAAACUUAUUACUAGUUUUC